CAGAGGCGGCGGAGGGCGCGGGGGGCGGGGGGGGGGCAGCAGGGGAGUCCAGGGGAUCGCUCUCUCCGCCCCCUGCGCGCCGGCCAGGCGCCCCCGCCCCCUCUCUCCCUCUCCCCCCCGACCGGCCUCAACGGGGGCUCGGAGUUGGCGGGAGCCUAUAAAAGCCCCUGGCGGAGCCGGCCGGAGCAGCCCGGGCACAGAGUGCGGAGACCCCGCGCCGAGAGCAUGGCCCAGCAAUCCUGUCAGUGGGGCUAUGACAGUGACAACGGACCUGAGUACUGGCACAAAUAUUACCCUAUUGCCAAAGGAGACAAUCAGUCACCUAUUGAAAUCAAUUCCAAAGAGGUCCAUUAUGAGUCCUCUCUUCUGCCUUGGUGUGUUGGAUAUGAUCCUGUGGGAGCUAGGACCAUAGUGAACAAUGGGAGAACCUGCAAAGUUGUGUUUGAUGACACUUUCAAUAGAUCAGUGCUGAGAAAUGGGCCACUCCCAGGUAUCUACAGACUGCGUCAACUUCACUUUCAUUGGGGUUCUUCUAAUGAUCAUGGCUCUGAGCACAUUGUGGAUGGAGUGAAAUAUGCGGGAGAGCUUCAUUUGAUACACUGGUAUUCAAAAUACAGUAAUUACGCUGAAGCUUUGAGAAACUAUGAUGGUGUGGCUAUUUUGGGUAUUUUUCUGCAAGUAGGAAAAACUCCCAAACCAGAGAUGAAGAGAAUUCUUGAAGAAAUAAAUGGUAUUAAAACAAAGGGAAAAGAGGCUCCUUUUUCAAACUUUGAUCCAUCAAUUCUUUUUCCUAAAUCUUGGGACUAUUGGACAUACCAUGGCUCCUUGACUGAACCUCCUUGUGAUGAGUGUGUUACCUGGAUUCUUUUGAGGGAACCUAUUAUUGUCAGCCCAGACCAGAUGGCAAAGCUCCGUAGCCUUUCCAUCAAUGCUGAGACGGAACCUGCUCGCCCCCUGGUGGAUAACUGGCGCCCUCCUCAGCCUCGGCAUUUCAGGAUGGAAGUAAUGCUUACGAAGGUUAUGAAAUGUGUACUAUGCAUACAGAGUAUGCAUGUUUCCAAGUUUAAUGUCCCAGGACCAGAUCACUUCUUUCCUUAUUAAAGUCAGUAAAAGAGGGAAUCUUCCUUGUUAUUUACCAUAAGGUUGAGUGCAGUGUCUGUUCCUCCCAUCCUCCCCUCAAUUGCAAGAUGAUGGCAGAACAGAGAUGAGACCUCCAAUACUGUUGUAGUCAUGGAUCUGGUCCCAAACAUGAAUCAUUUGCCAUCACAAAUCAAGUCUCCCUGUGCGUUUUGUGGUACUGCCAACUCAAAAACUAUGAGUCAGACCCCCCAAAAUCACAAGAAUUGUUUUAAAAGAUUAUAUUGGGGGUGAGGGUUGGCUUGUCUUUUGAUUUUUGAACUCCCCCUGCCCAUCCCUGGUGAGUGUCAGCGGCAAUUUGUAUUGCUCACUCCCACAUUUUUUGGGUAAGGUAAUUUUGCUGCCUUCCAGUUCAAAGCCCCCCCACCCGACCCAGUUCAGCUUGUCCCUGAACCCCCAUCAGUUCAUCCCAGUGCAGAAAGCCCCCCUCAGUUCAGCCUGUCACCAACCCCUCCAGUUCAGCCUGUCUCCACCCCCUCAGUUUAGCCCAUUUCCCCAUCUCCCUCAAAAGGUGGCUCCUAUCUCCAGUCAAAACUGGCAACUUGCCCCAUGCAUCAAAAAGUGAGGCUUCAAAUCUACAAAUGCCCUUUCACCAAAUCUUGUUUGGCUUUCCCUUGAAAUAUGUGUUAACUACUGAUAUUAAACAAUCUGUUCCACCUUGUAUUUAGCUGUGACACUCUCAGUACGUUUCCCGGACCUGAAGACGAGCUCUGUGUAAGCUCGAAAGCUUGUCUCUCUCACCACCAGAAGUUGGUCCAAUAAGAGAUAUUACCUCACAAACCUUGUCUCUCUAAUAUCCUAAGACCAACGCAGCUAUAACAACACUCGAUUCUAUACCUGUACAUGUGAGAAUUGUUUGACUUAGAACAAGUUUUAAAAGAGCACCCUUUUCAGUGGUGUUCAGCUGUGCAGUUUAAUAUAUAUGCAAAACACGUAUGUAAUAGAAUCAAAUAGGAUAGAGCCCAAAGUCUGAUGGCUGGUGCCAAAGUGGUUGCACAGGGGGAGAGAGAGAAAUUAUAAAACUGUGUCCCCACCCGUGAUGUUUUCCCAGAUUGGCCUGUAGAUGGCAGCAAAAGUACAAGAACAAGAGCUAAUGCACUGAACCUGCCUUCACUGAACUCUAUAGGCAAACUCUCAUUGACGUAAGUGAUGCAGGAUCAAUCACCACUGUAUGCAUCUGAUGAAGUGAGCUGUAGCUCACGAAAGCUCAUGCUCAAAUAAAUUGGUUAGUCUCUAAGGUGCCACAAGUACUCCUUUUCUUUUUACAUUAUCCUGGCGGCAGACAGAACUCCUUGUUUAACAGCAGUGAUAUUUUAUUUCAGCCUGUCAUUGGGUUUCCAUCUUAAAAAGGCAGGAUAGACAUUGCAUUGGAAUCCACAAAAGGGCGGUGAGGACCUGACUUUAGAAAAUCAAAUAGUUAAUUUGACAUUGACAAUAGUAUUUUCCUUCCAUAAUCUGCAUAGUAGCACAUGUUGGUUACUAUAAUGCAUUUAAAUUUAAGAUACACUGUUAUUCUUAGCAAUGAUGCUUGCAAAUAGGAAAUGUGGAAGUUUCAUGUAGAAAUAUAUUGUAUAUUCUACAGUU